AUGCUCUUUGCCAAUCUGGAUGUAACUAUGGGAGCAUUGUCUUGGAAUCUCGUCCACCUCGCCGAUAACCCGAAUGCCCAGAGCGAAUUGAGGACUGGACUAGUCCAACUUGCCACCAAAGCUGAAUGUCAAAGAUACAUUCAGAGCUCCGAUACCCUGCUGGCGGCUUAUCGUUUGAUCGACGAGUACAACAUCCCCGCAAGGACCAACCUUGUGGUCGACACCUAUGCACUCGAUAUCAAAAACGAAUACUGGGGAGCUGAUCGCGAUGUUUAUCGACCAGGGCGGUUUACAGGCCUGACUCGCUCCGAUCUUCGCUACCGAUUUUGGCGCUUCGGCUUUGGUCCGCGACAAUGUCUGGGGAAAUACGUCGCCGAUUUGAUACUGCGGACUAUCUUGGCGACGAUGGUACGCAAAUUCACUCUACAUAUCCCCAUGUACGAGUCAAGAUGUUGGGAGAGAGACAAAGAGGCUUGGGUUAGUAGACCUGAGAUCAAGUUGGAGUUGGAAGAGAUUUAG